AAGAUGUUCUUGGCUUAAUCUUCCUAACAAGCAAGGUACUACCUAUUUUACCUUGUAUAAGGCAAGAGGUAUGAUCCUAUUUAUAGGCAAGCAACCAAGAAUAGGUAGGUAAGCACUUUCCACAUUCAUAACACCUUCGCCCUUUCCAGGUUCCUUGUCUGCCUGUUUCCCCCCCAUCUCAGAGCUUAUGUGGCCCACCUGACCAUCCUAUUGGCCGCCCUCUCCCAUCUCGGCCACUUAUUUCGGCCUCAGGCAAUCAUCUUCCCCCCCUCUCACUCGCGUCGACUUAUUUAUCUUACCAGCCUCACCCACUUGCACGUGUUCACCCUCUUCCUCCGCCGCGUGACCCGACUCGCUCACUCCCAGCGUCAGUUCCCAGCUGCUGCGUGUCCAGCCAAAGAAGCGCCCAUUUUCGUCCGGGAGAGGACUCGUUCUUCCCCUUUAGUAACAUAAAGAUCCUCGCGUCUUUAUCUGGAUCCGAACGCGUAUCAGAGACCCAGGAUUUAUUCCUCCUCCUUUUUUCAAUUUAAAUUCGUUUGCUGCGUAUUGGUCCUGGUUCCAUUCAUUUACAUACAGACGCGAAGUUGCCGACUUAUCAACUGGGACUCGCGCGAUAUCACGAGGUAGAUCCCACCAAGGCAAACACGUGAGACGAGAAAACUCGUGAUCUCGCACGAUCACGCCUCGAAGCACAUGAUCUGGGAGGUAUGUCGCUUUCAUGCAUCUCAUUCACUUCACGAUACAUUUGAUUUAAUGAUCUGCACGACGACGCAACAAUGCAACUCGAGCCUCUGCACUCAGAAAUGGGCUUUUGCAAAGUAUUUGCGCUCAUGGAAUGAGGAUUGACGAUGCAACGCAACGAAAUGAAAUGAAUGAAUGCAUGCAUGCAUCUUGCCAAGUGGCAGCAUCUUCACUGUUUGCUUGCUUGAAUCAUCAACACAAAUCAUCCCACCAUAGUUCACAGUCACAACUGUACGUCGACUGCCAUCAUGAGCAUCGCAUAAAUGUACUCUUGUGCCUGCCUGCGCGUCCCAGCCAGCAUCUUCCUUUGCUCGCUGUUUUCAUCCCUCAUAAAAAGAGCGACUGAAUCAGCACAGGCGCAUCGCAUCAUGUCUUUCUCUCACGCUCAGUCAUCGCGACUCUCACAUUCACUUCUCAAGCGAGCCACAACCUACAAUGCUUUCUCUUCUGCCCAUGCUUCAUACAAAGAUUCAGGCCCUCUUCGACGACAAGACUAGCACAUCAUGGGCACGUGUUACAGUUGACGCUGUCACUCAACCAACAGAUGCUCGCUCAACCUCUUCUCCGUCACUCGAGGCCGGAUCCCCUUGCUCUUCCUCUCUCUCACACUUCAUCUACCCAUAGCUUAAUUCUGCAGCGAGUUUAUUCUAACUGCCCUUCCCUAUCCAGAUCUUUGAUUGAUUGUCAACGUCUCUCAUCUGUGGCCUCGACAUCAUCAAGCUUUGCACUCAGCCUCUUUAAUCUUGGCGAGCGCUGUUGAUCGAACAAGCCCGUACCGUCUAUCAAAAAAAACCACUUGUUUUUUUCUUUCGAUAAUUCUCUCGCGACUGAACCAUGGCUGAAGUUCUUGCCGAACAGCCUGACCUCUCCAGCCUGACCGGCUCCCCUGGUCAGAAGCGGAAGCGCGAAUCCGGCAGUCCUGAUCUCGCCAGGAAUAAACGCCCUGCCCCAGCUGCCCACAUGUCUGCCGACCCCGCCUCCUUCAUCGACAGUGCCAUGGAGAGCCAGGCCGUCAACGCCAAUGGCGUCAACGUCGCCGACUUCAACGCUCUGCAGCAGGCCGCCCAAGCAGACCACGAUCACCCCGAAGCUCCGGAUCCUACCAGUGCUACCAGCACCGCACAGGCUGCCUUGGGCAUGUACCCAACCCUGCAUGUUCCACCCUCAACAGAAGAGCAAUUUGCAGCCCAGGCAGCCACUGAUCCCGAGCAUGGCCAUGAUCCAACUUUCAACCCCGAUGUGACACCCACAGUUGACAGUAUCAUGGAGCCCCCUCAAGUCGCCCCUCCUCAGCAUCAACAUACACCACCUAAUGGUGUUCCGCACCAGCCACCGCGAUACAAUCCCGCAGCCCCCAACCCCAAACCAACAGUCGGAUCAGAAGAGUGGCACAAGAUGCGAAAGGAUAAUCACAAAGAAGUGGAGCGUCGCCGUCGGGAAACCAUCAAUGAAGGUAUCAACGAGCUAGCUAAGAUCGUCCCUGGUUGUGAGAAGAACAAAGGUUCCAUUCUGCAACGGGCGGUCAGCUUCAUUUCCCAGCUUAAAGAGAACGAGCAACAAAACAUUGAGAAGUGGACUCUCGAGAAGCUGCUUACAGAGCAAGCUAUAACCGAGUUGAGUGCUUCCAACGACAAACUUAAGCAGGAAUGUGAGCGUCUGUACCGCGAGCUCGAGACUUGGAAGCGAGUGGCACAAAAUGCAGGCCUCGAGCCUCCACAGCCCAACAAAGAGGAGAGCACAACUGCCAAUGCAUCGAGCUAGAAGCACGAAGCACCGUUAGCAAUAUCCCUGACUUCGGACUUGCCUUCUUCAUAACGUAUACCCCUGGCUCAUCCCGUCUAGCGAAUGUUCCCUUGGUGAAUAUUUGUCAUUCAGCUCGGUUGUGUUUUUGCAUGUUAUUUUGUUUUUGUUUGUUGAUUGCGGGAUUCUGGAGCGACAAUCCCACAACCAGGAGAGAGCAGAGUAUCAAGAGUUUCCUUCUUGGUGCAUAUGAGUAUACUCCUGGCGUGAUUAUGUUGUCUCCGAUUCGAUUUGAUUUGAUUCGAUUUGGUCAUUGGUUUUGACGGUUUCAAGUAGCUUGGCGUUGGUGGAUGGAUUCACUCACCGGUCCAGCAGAAGGUUGAGGUAACGGAUCUGCUUCACGGUGCGAUACGGUACAGUAGCUUGAGUGUUGAACCGAGUUGAUAGAACUUUUCUUCAUAUAAUAUGUCUGCUCAUGCAUAUUCUCUUAUUCAUGAUCUUUACGAGUGCUGUAUUAGAAAAUAACCUGGUGCACUUGACCGUGACAA